AUGAUCCCUCCUCCAUCUAUGGCGAACUAUAGCCAUGCAGGGGACCACAACAUCUUGCAGAAUGUCUCUCCCCUUGCCACAUUUCUCAAACUAACCUCCCUGGGCUUCAUCAUUGGCGUCGGUGUUGUGGGAAACCUCCUGAUCUCCAUCCUGCUGGUCAAAGACAAGAGCCUGCACCGUGCCCCCUACUACUUCUUGUUGGACCUGUGCGCCUCAGAUAUCCUGCGCUCAGCCAUCUGCUUCCCCUUUGUAUUCACCUCGGUAAAAAACGGCUCGGCGUGGACGUACGGCACCCUCACAUGCAAAGUGAUCGCCUUCCUGGGUGUGCUCUCCUGCUUCCACACAGCCUUCAUGCUCUUCUGUGUCAGCGUGACACGCUACUUAGCUAUUGCACACCACCGCUUCUAUACCAAGCGGCUGACCCUGUGGACGUGCUUGGCUGUGGUGUGCAUGGUGUGGACACUGUCAGUGGCCAUGGCCUUUCCGCCUGUGCUGGACGUGGGCACAUACUCAUUCAUCCGCGAGGAGGACCAAUGCACAUUUCAGCACCGCUCAUUCCGUGCCAACGACUCAUUGGGCUUCAUGCUUCUGCUUGCCCUGAUCCUUCUGGCCACCCAGCUUGUCUACCUCAAGCUCAUAUUCUUCGUUCAUGAUCGGCGCAAGAUGAAACCGGUCCAGUUUGUGCCUGCUGUCAGCCAAAACUGGACCUUCCACGGGCCAGGGGCCAGUGGGCAAGCGGCGGCUAACUGGCUGGCCGGUUUUGGCCGAGGCCCGACACCUCCAACCUUGCUGGGCAUCCGGCAGAACGGCAACGCGGCAGGCCGGCGGCGCCUCCUGGUGUUGGAUGAGUUUAAGACUGAGAAGAGGAUAAGCAGGAUGUUCUAUGUCAUGACUUUCUUCUUCCUUAGUCUGUGGGGGCCCUACCUAGUGGCGUGCUACUGGAGAGUGUUCGCCCGUGGCCCUGCCGUACCAGGAGGCUAUCUCACAGCAGCUGUAUGGAUGAGCUUUGCUCAGGCUGCCGUCAAUCCCUUCAUCUGCAUCUUCUCCAACCGUGAGCUCAGACGCUGCUUCAGCACCACGCUCCUCUACUGCAGAAAGUCCAGGUUACCCAGGGAACCCUACUGUGUUAUAUGA